CUGACUACUGCAUGAUGUGAAAAGAAACAGACGCCUCUCGCUUAGUAGAUACUAAAGGUGGCCUUCGCAUGAAUGAAAAGAUGUUUUAACUACGAUCACACUUUGGGAUAAAUUGAAUUAUUUCCCAACGCAGCUUUACCAAUCUGCGUUUUUUGCUGUUUGUCACCUUGACAACCCACCACAAAGGGACAUGCGAACACUGAAGUCGGCCCUCACGCGGUACCGUGGGGCUUAUCUCUGUUGUCAAGGUCUGGCAUCCACCCGAGGAGUCGUUAAUACACCGAAUUUUCGUAACGUCCCGCCCCUCUGGUCCUGUUGCCCAAUAGAAAUCCCCGCUAUAGUUUCAAUAUCUCCGUACGCUCGUCAGCUCUACAGUGUCAACGCUGACGGCGGAACGGACACCUCUCGCGCCCAGGGGGUAAUGUGUCAGACAGUGACGCCGCCGAGGCACGAGAAAGAAGUGAGACACGGAGCUUUUAACAGGAAGCGGAAUUGAGUGCAGGCCCAUGACGGAGGGAACUUUGACGGACCGCAGCGGCUGACUUUUCAAGAUUUCCCGGACUGAUUCCGGUUGGAACUCACCAGAGGGAAUUAAAAGUUGUUUUGCUUUCCCCACCACCUUUCUCCUGCACGUUCAACCCCUAACCGCGCGCUUGGAGAGGGGUGGCACGACCAUGGAAUUCUUUCUGUGAUGUGGAUUCUUGCAGAAGCAGCGGAGGCAAACCUCUGUUUACUACAGAACAAUGUGAGAAGAUAUGCGUCCUGGCUACUUAUGUUUUUGGAUAUCCUCAAGAUUAUUGGCAACAGCUGAACGCAGGAUCUCUCAGUGGCCCGGCCGCCCCGGAGCACACCAGCAUGGGCUCUGAGCCGCUGUAGCGGAGAGAGACCCCCCCCCCCCCUUCCCCCGAGGAACUUCUCACAGCGGCAACCCUUGAAGGCAUCUGUGCUCCUGCGCUGGCGACCAGCAGUGUCGCCAUAUGGGGUUUUAAACCUGCUCUUUUCUCUAAAUCAUGAACUUUGCUGGCAUCCUGAUGCGGUUCCUUUUCGUGACGUUCGUGUGUUUGUCAGCUAUAAAGACUGCCCACAUCCCUGAGGAGGAGGGACAGCGCGCGCAUGAAGUGCUGUCCUUCCUUGAGGUGUAUAACCGGAGUGUGUGUCGUCCACGGGAGGUCCUGGUGGAUGUGUUGGCGGAGUAUCCGGACGAGGUGGAGUACCUGUUCAUACCGUCCUGCGUUGCUCUGACCCGCUGCGCAGGAUGCUGCCCGGACGAGGCGCUCGAGUGUACCCCCGUAGUCACACACAAUGUCACACUCCAGGUAAAGAGAGUGAGGCCUCUUCGGCAGAAAACCAACAGCUACAUGAGUUUUACUGAACACAGUAUGUGUGAGUGCAGGCAAAAGAUUGAGAUGAAGGAGAAGGUGGAAAGAAAACAGCGUCGGGGCAAAGGGAAAGGCCUAAAGCGAAAGAGAAAGAAAAAACAACAAGGAAAACAGGAAGCCUCUACCCCAGUGUGUGAGCCCUGCUGCAGUGGCUGCUCGGAGCGAAGGCGCCGUCUGUUUGUUCAGGACCCGCAGACCUGCCACUGCUCCUGCAAGAACACAGAGGCCGACUGCUGGGCCAGACGCCUGGAGCUUAACGAGAGGACCUGCAGGUGUGAUAAGCCACGGAGGUGAAUGUGUGAUGAAGUUGAUGCAAUGGACAUUAUCAGCCACAUCACUGCCCAUUCACCCUCACCUCUGAACUCUGAACUUGUGCCUGCCUGUGGAAGUGACCCCUCACACGGUGGAAAAGAGGAGAGGAGAAGAGAAAAGGAGGGGAUUAAAGAAGUGAAAAAAAAUUCAGAGCACAGAAGAUGUUUUGCUGCUAAAAGGAGAGAAGAAUCUAUAAGCAGUGGACUGUGUGAGUGUGUGUGAGACUGUGUGUUUUGAGGAACUGUGUGUCGCUUCACUGGAUGGUGCUGUGGAUGCACAGCAGGUUAGAAUGCCAGCCAGUCCUCAUCGCUCAACCCCCCUUUAUGAUGUCACAUCCUGUUAUCAUCACACCUCUGAUGUCAUGUCCUAUUUCUUGAGUCAAUGCUUUUGCCCUACCCCUUAUGCAUAGUUCAUGAGGCACAAGAGGUCAAAAUAUACUUUGCAGGGGGAAUCUUCAGAAAGUCUUCACAGACCUUUUGUAAGUGUGUGUGUUUGUGUGUAUGUGUCUGUGUGUGUGUGAGUAAGUUUGUGCCUAAGAAACCACUUCAUGUGGACCCUGCACAGAUGGACCUGAGCUCAUCCGUACUCUCCUUGGUUCUGUUGGACUUUGCAGGGUUCUGUUGGGUUCUCCUGGACUCUCCUGGCCCGACCUAUUAAGUUAUUGUGUGGCUGGUUUGUGUUUGUGUCUUAGGUUAGACACACCUGUACAGUCAUAUGCAGUAUCGUCUGUAGUGUCAUAGUCAUAUGAUUAUAGUACUCCUGUCUGUGUCCCACUGGAUGGAUCUUUUCAGUGCAGUAUUACUAUCAGACUGAUCUGAGUUUUAACAAGUGUGUGUGUGGGUGAGGGUGUGUGUGUGUGUGUGUGUGUGUGUGUGUGUGUGUGUGUGUGUGUGUGUGUGUGUGUGUGUGUGUGUGUGUGCCAGAAUCAAGCAGUCUUCCCAGAAAUGAAGAGAAACAUUCCUCUUAGCCCAUCAGUUCUUGCAACAACAAAUAUUUCCUCGGAACCCAAGGGGACGAAUAACGAUUUUAACCAGUUUCAACAGCCCGUGUGUGUCUGUGUGUGUAAGAGAGAGAGUAAGUGUGUUUAUGUGCGUGUAUGUGUAAGUGAAUAUAUAUGUGAGUAUAAUCAUGUACGUUUGUGAGAGACAGGGUGAAUAAGCGUGUCUGAGAGAGAGAGAGAGAGAAUGUUUGUGUAUAUUUGGGUGUGUUUGAAAGAUACACAUAGAGAGUCUGAGUAUGUGUGUUUGAGAGUGUGAAUGCCAAUAUAUAUGUAUGAAUGUGUGAGUGUUUUUGAAUGUGUGUGUGUGUGUGUGUGAAAAGGAGAAAGAGAGAGAGUGAAUAUAUACAGUAUGUGAGUGUAAACAUGCACAUUUGUGAAUGAGUGUGUGUGUGUGUAUAUAAUAACUCCGUUGUGCCACCAUUUCACCUGUCAGGCUUUUGGUCUUAGCUCGCUACCCAUUAUUGUAUUUAUUACUCUGUAAAUAAACGUGUGUGUGUGUGUGUGUCUGUGUGUGUGUGUGUGUGUGUGUGUGUGUGUGUGUGUGUGUGUGCUCUCUGUAAAUAUGAUUUACAAAAAAACUAACCGCCUGUGAAACUAAUUUAGUAAAACAUAUUUAUUUUCAAAUGAAUCUUCUGAGUCUCAACAA